GAGAAUGCGCUGAUUCGCAUCGGACCUGCCGGAGCACCCAAGUCAGAAGGGAUGGCGCCAGGUGCUGCGUUAAAGGUCUUCCGCGACGGGCAGGAGAGCGUGAACACGUUUAUGCUUUACUCCCUGCGUGGUCAGAAGGGCUUCAAUCAGUUUGAGCACAUGCUCUGCAACAAGCUGUCCGACUUUGGCGACGACUUUGGCUUUGCCGAGAGGCAGCUGGUCAAGUCUUUCAAAAUGGCUUCCAAGUAUCCUUUCACUACGGGCCUGUCGCAGUGGGCACAGGAGCCGGACCUGCCUGCUGACAAGAUGAAAUUUCCAUUCGUGCUGUGCUUACGGCCGGUGGAUGAGAUUCGCAGCAAGUUCGCGGAGUACAAGACAAAGAAGUUUGAACACAUUCAAGAACAGUUGGGACUUCUGAAUGCCAAGACUAAUUUCUACGACAUCUACGCCGCCGCCGAGCCGAACACGACUCUGACGAAGAUUGGAGUGCUAAACAUGCGCACCCAGUUCCGUAAAACCAAGUUCGGAGACACGAAGCUCUUCUUCC